AUGCUAACAAGCACGUGUUCUGCUCCUAGACCGCACAACCAUCAGGGCAUUGGUUGGUCAGAACUCUGGGAUAGCGGCCAAAGCGAUCUGUGGGACAGGGGGGAGCCCUCGCGUGCUCUGGUCAACCUGAUCGAGUCAAAGCCGGAUCUGAUUCCGCAUCCGAGCCGGUCAUCACGCAGACCAAGAGCUCUUGUACCUGGCUGCGGAAAAGGAUACGACGUCGCAAUGCUGGCGCUCCACGGGUAUGAUGUCUACGGCCUGGAGGUCUCGCCAACAGCCGUCGAGACAGCCCGAGCAUACGCGGCAACUCAGUUCGCGGCGCCGUCUCCGUACAAUUUCUUAAACGCCAGCACCGAAGAUCAGUACUUGGGAUCCGAGCGGGGGCAGGUCAGGUUCAUCGUCGACGACUUCUUCGCCCGAGGCUGGGAGGUUGAGUGCCGCUCCAACGACGAGGAAUUCACCGGCUUUGAUCUCAUCUAUGAUUACACCUUUCUCUGCGCUCUUUUUCCCGAAAUGCGCCAGGACUGGGCCCAGCGUAUGAGCGAACUCAUUUCGCCUUCAGGGGUGCUGGUGUGCCUCGAGUUCCCGUCAUACAAAGACCUCAAGCUUCCGGGGCCGCCAUGGGGCCUGCGGGAGGGCAUCUAUUGGGAUCUGCUGGUGGCAGGGGGGAAUGGGAUUUUCGACGAUGAAGAGACUGCCAAGACCGCAACGCAGGCGGCAUCUGGAGGAGCCUUCAAGAGACUCCAAUACAUCAAGCCGCCGCGGUCCUAUAAAGUUGCCAAGGGCACGGACAUGCUUAGCAUUUGGGCUCUGCGUUGA